AUGAUUUACUCUCCUGCAGAAGCUGUUUGCAUGACGGGAAGUUAUGCUUCUAAAGAGGAAGCUAAAAAGAAGGGAUAUGCUUGUUCCCCUUUACAAGUUGGAGAUGCUCUGGAGUGGUUUGACUGUGAGAUGGAGAUAGAUCCCAUUUGGCUCUGCUCACACAGACUAUACAAACUUCCCCAGAAAACUAUGGUAUAUCCCAAACCAGGAUUUGAGCUACACCACAGGCAAGGUGACGCCAAGUAUGCUCGUAUGUACACUGAUGUUGGAGUCUAUUAUGCUCCCGGACUGAUCCUUCGGGGCGAGCUAUUUGAUGAAGUAGAGACUGUCUGCCAAAUUGAAAACCAUGGAUUCCAGCCACAAUAUGCUGUGCCUGAACUGACCGAAAAGAAUUCCUGGAGAGUGUAUGAUGCUUGUCUUUAUGAGCACCGAAGGAGGAAGUAUGGAGCCGCUGGUACCUUCAUGAGUGUGUACUAUAAGUCGAAGCAAGGUAAGAAGACAAAGAAGGAGGUGCAGGAAGCUGAGCAGGCAGUUCUUGAUAGUUCAUAUGCCGAAGUUGAUCGGCCUGCCAAUUGUGGCGCCGCUGCAAUGGGUAACUUGCAAGCUGGCACUGCAAUUUAUGAGAGUGCUUCCAUUAUAGCACAGGUCGUUCAAUCAAAUCAGGAGAGGGAAGAAAAAAGACACGCAUAA